GUUGCUUUGGAAGUUGGGAACCAGGUUCUGCCUUGUCAGAACAGUCGCCAUUGGCUCGAGUUUUAAUGCGCGAGGUGCCGUCACCGUUUGGAUCUUCGCCCGUUGGCAAUGGCUAUAGCGGUGGAGGCUGCUGAAUCCCAGACUUUGGAUGUGCCUGUUAAAGGUUCAUGCUGCAAGGAGUAUUUUCCUGAUGACCUCCCAAGCCAACUUGAAGGAGUAAUGUCUCCUGAGGCAUACUCUCGUGUGAUGGCCGAGCAAACCAAAAACCAACGCGCUUAUUGGUCUGGUCCUGAUACGUUGUUGCUGACACCUUUGACACUGGGCGUUUAUUUGUGUGCCAAGACUUACUGGCAUGAAAGAAAGAUGAACAAGAUUUUGGCGGAGCAUCCUGACAUUCCGCACAACAAAGUGAAGAUCAGAUACGAGAGCAGAUCUGCGGGCGACAGCUCGUACGAUGUCAUUGCGAUCACCAUUUUUGCGUGAGAGGAUGUGGCAUGGUGGUUGGGUAGCUGCUGGGAGUUCAAUUCUGAGUAUAUACUUGAUUGUGUUUAGUCUAGUUUUGAUACAUGUGACAGUGUUGUUUAAAACAACAUCAAAGUUCUACAUCCUGAUUGAACAGGACAUGAUGGAUGCCGUUGUCAUGCUUUCAAUGACCACUGACAGCCUACAUGUUGGCGAAGCAAAAAGUCCUCAGACCAUCACAUGUAGAUGCUCAUAGAACGUAUACUAGCAAUACUAGAGAUAUGAAAACAUCACUUAAAACUUAACGCCUC